AUGCCAGUUCCUUUCGAAGCGAUUAUACCUUUAGGUAUAAUAAUUGGAAUGUUUGGAGUUACUGGUACAUUAAUAAAUUUAUCUAGAAGAUAUCAACAUGAUUGGAAGUCAAAUCCAACAGCUCCACCUUCAUUUUCUACAAAUAGUGUUUGGUAUUUGACUACAAGUUCUACUACCAAUUCACUAAUGAGACUUAAAGAAACAAUGGAAACUUAUCAUUCUCAACCAUACCAUGUAAUGCCAUCCAGAGAUAGCUUAUAUUCCCUCGGAUCAUCAACAACAAGCGGAUGA